AAAACGAUGUAGUGCUUUACAACAAAAAAAAAUAAAAAGUAGGAAGAUGAUGUUGAAGAAUUAGAUAUUGUAAAGUUGAGAUAUUUGGAAUUCGAUUAGGAAGAAUAAAAAAAAAGAAAGCCUAUUCGAGCAUUUUUUAAUGAAUUUGAAGAUUAAACAGUGUUGUAGUUAGAUUCAUAGGAUUAAUAAUGGUUAAGAGUGAAAUUCUAAGAUUUAAAGGAAGCUUUAAAAUCAAAUGAUGAGAAAGUCUGGUAAAGGGAAAUGCAAUAAAAUAAGUAAUUGUAACAUGAACAAAAGGUGGAAUUAGAUUAAUUGUUAGAAAAAUUUACAGAAUAGAGAUAUAAAAUCAAAGAAUUGGAAGGUUUAAAAGAAAAAAAGAAUGAGGAACUAGAAGAGGUAAAGAAAACAUAUCUCAGGGUUUUGAUUAAAAAUUUAGCAAUCAAAAAGGAGUUAAUGAAUUAACAAAAUAAAUUUGCUGAUCAAGUGCAUCUUGUGUUGAAUUAAAUACAAGAAGCUAAUCUAUAUUAUUGA